AUGAUCUAUAACAAAAUAACUCCGUUGGUUUUGAACGCGUUAUGGCUAGUACUUUUCCCUGUCGUUGUUGCACACAACCAUGGCCAAGGCACAGGCAAGAUGGAGAUGGGAAUAGACCACGGCAGCAACACAACACAACCACCCAAACACCAAAACUAUCCUGAUACUUACUUUGCCCAUCCCGAGCAUUCUGGAACCAUUUACACACACAUUGCCUUGAUGGUUAUUUCUUGGGUAUUCAUCCUCCCCAUCGCUGUCAUGUUAUCGCUGGCACGUUCUCGCUUUACUUUGCCUGCACAAUUCGUCUUCCUAGCUUCAAAUACUCUGGGAGUCUUUCUAGGCGUCAUCUACAACACCCAGACCCCAGACUUGUAUCCUGGUAAUGCGCACCACAAUAUUGGCUGGGUUGUGACCUGGGUUAUCUGCGCCCAGGUGCUUGUGAGUGCUGUGGGUCACAUUGCCGGUACUCUCCGAGGGAAUGGAGGGAAUGGAAGCAGCAACGAGGAACAUUAUUUCUUACCUGUACCAAACCCAGAGUCCGAAUUAACUUUUAACAGUGGCUACCACGACGACCGUCCAUACCGUACUUCCGAUGUCACCGGACGAGGCACCGAGCCAGACAGCCCUUCGCUACAGAGUGACUCGGUAUCGACGCUCAAUGGUAUGGGAUCGCCUCUGCAGUACCCCGGGAAAGAAUACGAAGACAACCAAGACUCGGAAGCGCCUUCAUUGUCAUCCACUGUACCUCAGGGAACUUUAGCCCGUCAUGUGUCCAAGGUUGCAAUAUCAAGAGUCUGGAAGUACCUCGACAUUGGCCAUAAGGUGGUUGAUCGCAUUAUUCUUCCUUUCGGCUCCAUCGCGAUUGCCACUGGAAUAGCCACUUUUGGCCGCUUUUUUGAAGGAGAGGGAAUUUUCAAUGGCUUGGCGCACUGGAUCAAGGGCAGCGUCUUCUUCUGGCUGGGCAUCUUCACCCUGGGACGCUGGUCUGGCAGCUUUGGCGAGCUCGGCUGGGCAUGGAAUGUUCGUCCUAAGAAAUACUCUCAGGGAUGGCGUCCUUCUGCUGAGCUCGUCGAGAGCUUCUUGAUCUUCUUCUAUGGCUCUACCAACAUGUUCAUGGAGCACCUUGGUGGUCGGGGAGGGGCUUGGACUGCGCAGGAUAUGGAGCACAUCUCCAUCACUGUACUUUUCCUUGGAGGAGGUCUGUGUGGCAUGCUCAUCGAGUCGACUUGCAUCCGUAAUCUCCUGAACAUGACUGUCCAGGACAUCAAACUAAUAAAUCGACAUGCAGUCGAAGACGCAAACGAGACCGAGGGUCCUGACACAUACGAAUUGUCGCUUAACCCCACCCCAGCUUUGGUGAUUAUGCUGCUUGGACUCAUGAUGAGCUCACACAUACAACACACCAUGAUGUCCAGCAUGGUUCACAAGCAGUGGGGAAAUUUACUCCUCGGAGCUUCGCUUGCUCGCGGCCUUACAUACUUUUUGAUGUUCCUCAAACCGCCAAAGUCCAUUCUUCCAUCACGACCCCCUACCGAACUGCUCGCCGCGUUCGGACUCAUAUCUGGGGGGAUUAUCUUCAUGGCUAGCAGCACUGACACUGUUGAUGGCAUGAUCCAUUACGGCCUCGAUGCCAUGUUCAUGUAUACCGUCACAAUGGGCCUUGUCGGACUCUUGAUGGCCUGGAUUAUCAUUGUCCUUGCCAUUAAGGGAUGGGCCGUGCGAAUCGAACGACGCUGCAUGUCGAAACAGUAA